AUGGCAGAUCAACUUGACCUUCUUUUAAGUGUGAUCUUCAUGGCCAGUCCCAUCCUGGGAAUGUCUCCCUGUUCUUCCAAUGGCCAGAUUGCCUUAUUUCGCCAUUGUAACCUUACCCAGAUCCCCUGGGUCCUCGACACCACGGAGAGGCUCCUUCUCAGCUUCAACUACAUCAGUGUGGUCAACGCCACGUCAUUUCCAUUCCUGGGGCAGCUCCUGCUGCUGGAGCUGGGAACCCAGUUUACACCCAUGACCAUCGGCCGGGAGGCCUUCAGAAACCUGCCCAAUCUGAGGAUCUUGGACCUGGGCCAAAACCACAUUGAAGUCUUGAGUCCAGACACUUUUCAGGGACUUCUCCAUCUCAUGGAACUUCGACUGUUUUCCUGUAAGCUCUCCAGUGUUGUCCUAAGAGAUGGUUACUUCAGAAAUCUAACUUCAUUGGCUCGCUUAGACCUCUCUGGCAACCAGAUUUACAGCCUUCAUCUCCAUUCUUCAUUUCAGGAGCUGAAUUCCUUAAAAGCCAUAGAUUUUUCUUUCAAUGAAAUAGUCCCUUUAUGUGAGGAUGAACUCAAGCCCCUGCAGGGCAAAAUACUCUCUUUCUUCGGCCUCAAAUCAACUAGCCUGUUCAGCAGAGUCUCUGUGAGUUGGAAGACUUGCAGGAACCCCUUCAGAGGCAUGUGGCUAGAAACUCUAGAUCUCUCUGAAAAUGGUUGGACAGUGGACAUCACAGGCAACUUCAGCAAUAUCAUCAGGGGAAGCCAAGUCACCUCUUUGAUUCUUACGCACCACAUAAUGGGGUCUGGCUUUGGCUUCCAGAACAUCGGAGACCCUGACCAGAACACGUUUGCUGGCCUGGCUAGAAGUUCAGUGAUGUUCCUGGACCUUUCACACGGUUAUAUCUUCUCCUUGAAUUCCAGAGUGUUUGAGACGCUGAAAGAUUUGAAGUUUCUGAACCUUGCCUCCAACAAGAUAAACAAGAUCUCAGAUGAUGCGUUUUAUGGACUUGACAGUCUCCAAGUUCUCAAUAUGUCAUGCAAUCUUUUGGGAGAACUUUAUAAUUCCAACUUCUACGGGCUACCUAGGGUCGCCUACAUUGACCUCCAAAAGAACCAUAUUGGGAUCAUUCAAUACCAAACGUUCAGAUCCCUGGAGAACUUACAAACCUUGGACCUCCGCGAUAAUGCUCUUAAAACCAUCAAUUUUAUUCCAAGCAUCCUGACUGUCUUACUGGGCGGCAAUAAGCUGGUCGAUCUGCAACACGUCCGCUUUACAGCCAACUUCAUCGAAUUAUCCGAAAACAAACUGGAAGAUUUGUCCGACCUCUACUUCCUCCUGCAAGUUCCCCAGCUCCAGUCCCUCAUCCUGAACCAGAAUCGCCUUUCCUCCUGCAAGGCAGUCUACACCCCUUCCGAGAACCUGAGCUUGGAACAUCUUUUCCUGGCGGGAAACAUGCUGCAGCUUGCCUGGGAGACCGGCCUCUGCUGGGAUGUUUUCAAAGGCCUUUUCCACCUCCGAGUCCUGUACCUGAAUAGUAACUACCUUAAUUUCCUCCCCCCUGGAAUAUUUAGUGACCUGGUUUCGUUACAGUUGCUCAAUCUUGGCGCUAACAGGUUGACCUCUCUCUCUCCUGGCAGCUUACCUGCUAAUCUAAAGUUUCUUGAUAUAUCUAGAAAUCAGCUCUUCUCUCCUGAUCCUGGGUCGUUUGCUUCACUUAGCUCCUUGGACAUAACGCAUAACGAGUUCGUCUGCCAGUGUGAACUUAUGCCUUUUAUCACCUGGCUCAAUCAAACCAAUGUCACCCUGCAGGGCUCUCCUGCAGACAUAUACUGCAUGUACCCUGACUCGCUGGUAGGGGUCUCCCUUUAUGACGUCUUCACCAAGGAGUGUGAUGAAGAAGAAGUCUUGCAGUCCAUAAAGUUUUCCCUUUUCAUCCUGUGCACCGUCACUUUGUCCUUGCUCCUCGUCACCACCUUCACAUUCAUAAAGUUCCGGGGGACUUGUUUCCUGUGUUAUAAGACCAUUCAGAGACUGGUGUUCAAGGACAAGGUCCGGAGUUCGGAACCCAGUGCAUACCAAUACGAUGCCUACUUUUGCUUCAGUAGCAAAGACUUCAAAUGGGCACAGAAUGCUCUGCUCAAACACCUGGAUGCCCAGUACAGUUCCCGAAACAGACUCAGGCUGUGCUUCGAAGAGAGAGACUUCAUCCCAGGAGAAAACCACAUCUCCAACAUCCAGGCGGCUGUCUGGGGCAGCAGAAAAACCGUGUGCCUAGUGAGCAGACAAUUCCUUAAGGAUGGCUGGUGCCUGGAAGCCUUCAGGUAUGCCCAGAGCCGGUGCCUGUCUGACCUCAAGAAUGUUCUCGUCGUGGUGGUGGUAGGGUCUCUGUCCCAGUAUCAGCUGAUGAGACAUGAGACCAUCAGAGGGUUUCUUCAAAAGCAACAGUACUUGAGAUGGCCUGAGGACCUCCAGGACAUUGACUGGUUCCUCAAUAAACUCUCUGGGUGCAUACUAAAGGAAGAAAAGGGGAAGAAGAGAAGCAGUACCAUUCCGUUGCAAACUGUCACAACAAUUUCCUAG